GGACGGGCUUGGCACGAAGCACGCCGAACCUUCUAUAUACCGCCCCCUUGCGUCUAAGCUGACUAGUCAAACCAAAACCCCUCCGCAGCCGUGGAACCGGAACACCUCACGCCGACGCCGGCACAUCGCGCUCGCCGCCGGCCGCCGCAGCACGUGGCCUCAUCGAUCGUCGACGCCCUGUCUCGCGUCUCCUCCUCCGAUCUCCGCGAAUCGAUCCCGUGUGAUUAACUAGAGCUAUGACCAUGGGUGGCGAGGCGGCAUCCACUUCCUCUUCUACUCCCCAUUCACAACCUCUGGAAACUGAAGCUACUCAAUGUAGAGUGGAGAGUGUUAAACGACACCUAUCCAGAUUGGUUGUGAAAUCUCUCUGUGCAGUGGCAGCUGAUUUUGAUGUGGAGCCAAUGCUCGAAGUCUCGAAAUCAGGAUUUGGUGACUACCAGUGCAACAACGCAAUGAGCUUAUUUCCACGUAUAAGAGAAUCUGCAACAAACCUCGGGAACCCCAAUGCAGUUGGACAGGCAAUUGCAGACAACCUUCCUCCUUCCAGAAUUGUUGAAUCCACCUCUGUUGUUGGACCUGGAUAUGUUAACAUAGUUCUAUCCAGUGAUUGGAUCGCACAGAGGAUACAAGACAUGCUUAUCCAUGGGAUCGAAUCAUGGUCACCAAUCUUACCAGUUAAGAGGGUGGUGCUUGAUUUUUCAUCUCCUAAUAUUGCAAAGGAGAUGCACGUUGGGCAUAUAAGAUCAACCAUAAUUGGAGAUACACUAGCUCGCAUAUUUGAGUUUGCGAAUAUUGAAGUUCUUCGUCGUAACCAUGUGGGAGACUGGGGUACACAGUUUGGAAUGCUGAUACAAUUUCUGUUUGAGAAAUUCCCAAAUGGGGAGGAAGCUGCCAACCAGGCCAUUGGGGAUCUUCAGAGUUUUUACAGAGAUGCCAAGAAAAAAUUUGACGAGAAUCCUGAUUUUAAAGGCAGGGCUCAGCAAGCAGUAGUUCGCCUGCAGAGAGGGGAAGAUAGAUACCUAGCUGCCUGGAAAAGUAUUUGUCAAAUUAGCCGGAAUGAGUUUGACUUGGUGUACAAACGCCUUAAUGUGGAACUUGAAGAAAAGGGCGAGAGCUUUUACAAUCCUUACAUUCCUCGUGUUUUGGAGGAAUUGACUGGCAAAGGCUUGAUUACAGAAAGUAAAGGCGCUCGAGUUAUAGAAGGCCGAAAGCCUCCUCUGAUAGUGGUCAAGAGAGAUGGAGGCUUCAACUAUGCUUCUACAGACUUGGCUGCUCUUUGGUACCGGCUUAAUGUGGAGAUGGCAGAAUGGAUAAUAUAUGUAACGGAUGUAGGUCAGCAGCAACACUUCCAUUCAGUUUUCAGUGCUGCUAGGAUGGCUGGCUGGCUCCCAGAUCAAAAAGAAGAGAAGUACCCAAAGGCGAGCCAUGUUGGUUUUGGCUUUGUUCUUGGUGCAGACGGCUCACGUUUCCGGACCCGUUCCUCUGAUGGAGCUGUUCGACUGGUAGAUCUACUUGAUGAGGCUAAAUCCCAGAGCCUGGCACAACUUAUCAAACGUCUCACUGAAAAUGGUCAAAUUGCUAAAUGGACGGAUGAGGAGCUGGAUAAAACUUCAGAGGCUAUAGGAUAUGGUGCUGUUAAGUAUGCAGAUCUUAAAAACAAUCGGCUGACGGACUACAAAUUUAGCUACGAACAAAUGCUAAGUGACAAGGGAAAUACCGCUGUGUACCUUCAGUAUGCACACGCCCGUAUCUGUUCCAUCAUCCAGAAAUCCAACAAGGAUGUUGAAGAGUUGAAAAUGACUGAAUUUAUUACUCUCGGCCAUCCUGACGAACGUUCCUUAGGAUUGCAUCUCAUCCAAUUUGCAGAGGUUGUCGAGCAGGUCUGCGACGACCUGUCGCCCCAUCGCCUGUGUGACUACCUGUACACCCUAUCUGAAAGAUUCUCACAAUUUUACACCAACUGCCAGGUGGUCGGGUCGCCAGAGGAAACGAGCCGCCUGCUGUGCCAAGCGACGGCCAUCGUCAUGCGGCAGUGCUUCCACCUGUUGGGCAUAACACCAGUGCACAAGCUAUAGAAGUCGAUCGAUGCUCUAGUUAGUACCUCAUCUCCGGGCUUAGCAAAUCCUUACUGAACUCUGUAACAUGACAGUUUUAGUGGACGGGGUCUUGUAAAUAUUAGUUGUAAAUAUUAGUAUGUCGUCCAUGCCACAGUUUCUGGGAGAUCAUAAUAGCUCGCAAGUAUGUCUGUCUUUCCUACAUCAGCAUCAUCAUAAUAGCAAGGCUGUGGGAUUUUAUUGUUUGAAA